AUGGACCGUCUCCAACAGGAUGUUCAGUUCACGCUUGGCUCACCGGCCAAAAUGUCAGUUGCAUUCUGGUACCCAAUGGAAAGCAAACCGUGGCACGGAUCAGGACACUACACGAUCAACUGUGAUUGGAUACCGCUAGAUAUCUCCUCGGGAUCUUCUUCGGGUCUCACUGCUUCAGCUGUCAAGGGCUCUAGCGAUGGAACCAGCAUUGCAGCCAUUGUGUUUUCCCUGAUUUCUCUAGUUGUUUCGGGUUUCAUUGCAUAUAGGCUAUUUAGCCCCAGGAACGUUCCAUUCACACCCAUGGAAAACAAUCUGUAGGAGCAAUAGGUUUACACGGUUAUUAAUCCCUUUGGACACAUUGCGCUGAUUUGGUUUUGGUUCCAUGUUGAGAGAGAGGUUCGGUUCUUCGUUUUUGGCUUAUAGUUGAAAUGGGUUGAUUUGUUGGUUUA